AAAGGAGACAACAAUGAAUGACGAAGCAGCCUUACCUAAAAACAUCCCGUGAUUCAAUUCCCACACGCCUUUAAUAAGAUCCGAUCCGAUCCUACCAAUUCCCAAAUCAGUCACUUCCAAACCCUAAUCGAUCCUCAAUCCGUACCUCUUAUUGCUUGCUGGUCCGAACAACAACAUGACGUCGGAGUAUGACUCGCCGGCGGGGGUUGUAAUAAGGGGAAGGUACGACCAAGACUUCGCCGGGAUUUUGACCAGAGACGCUCUCCAAUUCGUCGCCGAUCUGCACAGAGAAUUCCGAGCCGACGUCCGCCGCGCCAUGGACUGCCGGAAGGCUGCUCAGGCGAGGUACAACGCCGGCGACCUGCCGGGGUUCGACCCAGCGACGGCGGAAGUCCGCCGCGGCGAUUGGGUCUGCGCGCCGCCGCCGCCCGCCGUCGUCGAUCGGAGGGUGGAGAUCACCGGACCGGCGGACAGAAAAAUGGUCAUUAACGCACUUAACUCCGGAGCCAAAGUAUUCAUGGCUGAUUUAGAAGACGCAUUGUCGCCAAGUUGGGACAAUGUAAUGAGGGGACAAGUGAACUUAAAAGAUGCUGUGGAUGGGACCAUAAGUUUCCAUGACACGGCCCGAAACAGGGCUUACAAGCUGAACCAAAUCACUGCCAAGCUCUUUGUCCGCCCGCGUGGCUGGCACAUGCCCGAGGCCCAUAUCUUGAUCGACGGCGAGCCCGCAAUCGCCUGCCUAGUUGAUUUCGGGCUCUACUAUUUCCAUAACUGGUUUACUUUUCGACGGGCUCAGGGCGAGGGGUUCGGGCCCUUCUUCUAUCUCCCCAAAAUGGAACAUUCCAGGGAGGCUAGGAUAUGGAACGGUGUGUUCGAACGUGCCGAGGCGAGCGUUGGGGUCGAGAAAGGGAGCAUUAGGGCAACGGUGCUGAUCGAAACGCUCCCGGCCGUGUUUCAAAUGGACGAGAUUCUUUACGAGCUGAGGGAUCAUUCGGUCGGGCUGAAUUGCGGCCGUUGGGAUUACAUUUUCAGCUACAUCAAGACAUUCCAGGCUCACCCCGACCGGCUCCUCCCCGACAGGGUUCGAGUCGGGAUGACUCAGCAUUUUAUGAAAAGUUACUCCGAUUUGCUCAUCUUUACGUGCCAUAGGCGCGGCGUGCACGCCAUGGGAGGAAUGGCGGCGCAAAUCCCAAUCCGGGACGAUCCUGAGGCGAACCAGGCGGCCCUAGAAAUGGUAAAGAAGGACAAACAGAGGGAAGUCGAGGCAGGGCACGACGGGACAUGGGCAGCGCACCCGGGACUAAUCCAGCCGAUCACGGAUGUCUUCGACGGCAAAAUGGGCAAAAAAGCAAACCAAAUCCAAUCCAUUAAGCGAGAGGACGCUGCCGGAUUAACCGAGCACGACCUCCUGAAGCUUCCUGAAGGCACGCGCACCGUCGAAGGCUUUCGCCUCAACAUCAGGGUCGGGAUUCAGUAUCUGGCGGCCUGGCUGAACGGGACGGGAGCCGUCCCGCUCUACAACCUGAUGGAGGACGCGGCAACAGCGGAGAUCAGCCGGGCGCAGAACUGGCAGUGGAUCAAAUACAGCGCCGAGUUCGACGGCGGCGGUGCGGUGGCAAAUGGGGGGCUGUUUGGGGGGCUGGUGGAGGAGGAAAUGGAGAAGAUUGAGAAGGAAGUAGGGAAGGAGAGAUUUGAGAAGGGGAAGUAUGGAUUGGCUUGUGAAAUAUUCAGGAGGCAGUGUACGGCUCCGGUGUUGGAUGAUUUUCUAACACUUGAGGCUUAUGCUCACAUUGUUAAUGUUGUUGAUCACUGACUUGUGGAACUGUUGUAGUACUGAAAGCGUUAUUCGUGUAAUAAACGGCACGGUGUCUACUGCUGAGCCGCAUUUUGGUCUCGCA